AUGCACAAGUCCCCAGGAGCCAGCCGCAAGCGGAAAAGCUCGGAACUCGGAUCCAAGCUCGCUGGGGAGGGCGAGGAGUGCCGAGCACUGCAAGCCCCGCACAGGGAAGCGAUUCCGGCAAUACAGGCGGAGAGAUUGGAUGCCACACAGUUCUGGGCGGAGUUCGUGUCGCGGAGGAGACCGGUGGUCAUUAAGGGGCACCCCAAGGACCCCGAAUGGAGAGCAUCUCAGUUGUGGUCACUGGACUAUCUUCGAAGCAAGGCGGGAGAAUGUGUGAUCAAGGUGGAAUACCGCGCAGACAAGAAUGGCAGCUAUGGGCAGGGUCGUCGAAUCAAGAUGACGUUUCGGGAGUUCCUGGACAAGGUCGAAGCUGGGAACGACACCCUCUAUUUCACAGCACAACAGACCUCUGUUGGGGCUGAUGGCUUCCUUGAACUCUACGGUGCCCCCUUGACGAGUGUGCCCAACGACUUUGGCUUGACGCCGUCCUUGCUGCCCAACCUCGUUCCGCAGCAAAUGAAUUUGUGGAUUGGGGCAGCGCGAGAAGGGGCCUCAAGCGGCCUGCAUCACGACUUCCACGACAAUUUGUACAUAUUGCUGCGCGGCGUCAAGAAGUUUCGACUGUACCCUCCGAGCCUGGCAUCACAAAUGUACACGAACGGUGCCAUCCACAAAAUUUAUCCAAACGGACGCAUUGUGUACGAGGGCCAGGGCGACGUGCUGGCUGACGGAUCCGAUGCCCAAGAUGUGGCGCUGUGGCGGGAACAUCAGGAAGCCUGUGCGGCGCUGGCCGCUGAAGAAGAUGCCGUUGGGCGCAAGGGGAGCGAAAAGCGGUUGAAGAUGGCCGAAGAUCGGCUUGAGGAGACGCUCGAGCACAUGCUGGACGGUGUGGCAGAGGACUGGCCUGAAGGCCCUGGGGCAGACUGCAACAGCUCUGAUGAAGGCGACGAGGAGGAGGAGGGGGAGGAGGCAGACAUUCUCGAGGAUGGCACUGAACCCGACAGCUUCAGCAAGGUGGACUUGUCUCUCCCCUAUGACCGCAUCCGCGAGAAAUUUCCUCAGUUUCCUGAUCAAUCCUCGAUGCUUGAAUGCGAAGUUCACCGUGGGGAGAUGCUAUUCCUACCAGCAGGAUGGUUCCAUGACGUGACGUCCGUUGGGGAUGGCGAAUCCGGAUGGCACAUGGCGUUUAACUACUGGUUUUACCCGCCUGACAACUUGGAGCCAUCGCGGUCUGGCUUCUCAGCCCCGUACGCAUCCGGGUACUGGCCCAGCGUGUGGAAGGAACGGGCACACCAGGCAGAUGGUCGUCAAUGUGGCGGGCAUGAUGUCAGCACAGCGUCAUUGGCUUAG